AGACAAUAUAAAAUACCUUGGUUUUUCAUGUAAGUAUUUGUAUUUGAAUAUUUUUCUAAUUCAUAAGUUUUUGUUUUUAUUGUGAAUUAAAGUGCAUGAUACACAUUGUUAGCACAUGAUGUAUCUUUGAUAAAAAUAAUCAGUAAUAAGUUCAAUAUAGUCAUGUAUAAUGCCAAGUAAUACACGAAGGAAACAGAUUAAUGAUAGGUAUAAUCAAAACUAAGUAUGAGUUUAAAGGAAUAAGAUAAGAAAGAUAACGGAAGUAAGCGGUGUCGUUAUUCAUGUGUAUAAAAGUAUGAAGUACAUAGAAUUAUUUAAAAAAAAAAAAAUAUAUAUAGCUUUGAUAAGUUUGUGGAAUUUAAUUUUAAGUAUAGUGGGAUAAAAUUAACUGAAGCGUCAGAUGGUUUAUGUAAUAAUAAAAUUUCAAUGAAAUUUAAAGUUAGGUUCUACAAUUUUUUGUAAGACUGUCCAUUUUUUAUGGUUCGGAGGUUUAGGUAGAAAAGUAGAACAGAUAGUGAGUCUACCAAUGAUAAUAAUGGCUUACAAUACUUAUUUACCAAUAUAUGAACUAGAAUAAUCGACUACGUCUAUUUGUCAGACAAAUAAAUCUUUAUAAUUAUUAUCAUAACAACUGUUUAUAAACAAUAUUUCAAUUUAAUUUAAUAAUAAAUAAUAAUUAUUUAAUAUAUAAAUUUAAAUACACCUAAUUUGUACAAUAUUUUAACCCCACAGCUCGAUUGUGUAGUCACAACAUUUUUUUUUUUAUAGUGGUGAAGCGCAGUGGAUUAUCAUCUUUUGUAUGGCUAUAUUUGAAUUACGGUAAGUAAAGAAAAUUCGUUACAAUUUCCCUUCAUGUACCAUGAUCAUAAAUAAGUACAGGUGUAGGUUCUAGCAAAUAUAUAAUAUUUUCAUGUUCACCAGAUUUUAUUCCUCGAUGUAACAUACAAGCAUACCGACAAGACCUAUAUGUACCGUCCAUAAAAGAAUCCUUAUUUAUACUCCUAAAAACAUUGACAGACUAAACCCAUUUGUAUGGCCAUGUAAAAUAGAAUAAAACACAUGCUUGCUAUCUGUUAUGAAACCCAAAUAUAUAUGGAUGUAGUUCUCAUAACUCAUAGCCUUCGAAAGACCACAAUGUUCCAUAAUAAUGUUCUCAUUGAAAUUUACAUAAUUUGUAACUUAAAAAAAAAAUUAAAAAGCCCUCCAAAGAUAAUAUGGAUGGGUGCAGCUAUUGUAAUAGGUAAUUUAAUGUAUAUAUGUAGGCAACGAUAAAUAUUUGCUUAACGAAUAAACGAUUCUGAUCUGAGUAUAGUUGACAAUGAUUAGCAUUUGAUGAGAAAACUUUUUAGAAAAUCAAAAAACUACUAUCUGGGUACUUUAAGGAGUACCUUCACAGUGAGAGUUAAUUUUAGAAAAAUUGCUAUCAUUUUAAAUAACUAAGAAAAUGGUUUCAUCAGAAAAAAAAAAUGCCUUAUAUUUUAAUAAUAUAUUUCUUCAUAGUCUGACACCCUUUAGUAACUCGCCAUACCUAUUUCCUCUCAUUAAAAGUGCUACACGGAAAAAUCGGAUCGUGUUCUCUGGUAAUUUCAACCAGAGUCCACAGAAAAAAAAAAAUAAACAACAUCCUUAUUGAACCAUAAUUAAGACUAUAAUACUAAAUUUGCUGUUUUACAAUAAAUUAAAAGAAUAAAAAAUCAUCAUAGAAAUAUCAUUGUACCUAAUUCUACAAGAUAGUAAGGCAUAUUACCAAAUCUACAUAAAUAUUAAAAAUACUACACAAUCAUUGUGAAGAACAUUAUACAGUAAUAAAGCCGAUACCUAUUUACACGAAAUCACGUGCAUAUUUGCUUAUAAAUUUGUUUUCAUUUAAUAAGUUAGUAAAUUAGGAAAACUUUUAAUAUUAAUACGAUAAUGAUUUACAGUUUACGUAUAUAGACAAGCAAUACUAACAAUAUGCACUAAAAUUAGUGUAAAUGAAUCAUUAUAUAAUACAUGUUACAAGACCUACUCCAGGUAUACGGUGAUGUGUAUUAUACUACUUUUGCUUUUUAAUUUUUUUUCAAAUUGUUGUUGUAUUCCGUAUACAGCAGUACCGAUACAAAACCAAAAUAGGCAAAAGCUUCCAAAAGUGUCAUUUAUAUUUUUCAGUUGAAGAAGAAUUGUUAACAAACGCAAGUUUUCGUAAGUUUUAUCUAUAAGAAUUUGUUUAAAGAACUCGCUUAGUUAUAUUAUAUAGAUACACAAAUAAUUAACUUUAAUGGACUUAUUAUUCGGUUUCAGACUAUAUAAUUCAAUAAUACAUAUUAGGUAGUUUUAAAUAAUAAAAGAGCUGAUAUUAGGGACGAUGCAUCUCUCUUGUAUAAAGUUAUUUAAUUUAAACCUAAAAGCGACGAUGCUAUUGCUAACGAUAAACGUUUCGGAAUAAUUUAAGGUAAUACAUGCUUUGAAAGGUUGUAAUAUUUACGAUUUUUAUUCAAACAAAUUGUAAUUAUUUCUGUUUUAGUCUUACAAUUUCGCCAACUGAUUUUCUACCAAUUAAAAUUUAACUAAAUACUCUGAAUAUUGAAUUCUCUAUAAAUACCUCAAAAAUAGCUUAAAUAUUUUUAAAAUUUUAAAACGUCUAGGAAAAUUAAAGUUGAGUUUUGUGUAGAAAUUUCCAGACUACGAUAACUUUGCUCUAAACUAUAAUAUAAAAAAAAAAUUGAAAAACAAGAGUUAAUACUGUUGAUGGGUGUAACCAUUGUAGCCAGAGGAGCAAAAUAGAGAAGUAUAAACUAUUAUUGUAAAAUUAAUCCUAUAUUUUUUUUUUUCUAGGAUUUAUGUAUAUUAUAAAGAAUCCGGAAACUCGUGAAGAAAUGAGUAAAAAAUUAAAAUUAUUGGACCAAAUGUUGAAUGGUUUAGAUGGUAAUUAUAAAAUGUUAAUCACCUUUGUUAUCAUGCUUCACAAAUGUGCAGAGAACUAGAAAAUUUUUAACAAUUUAAAACAUUUUAAUCAAUACACUAUUGUACCCAAAAUGAAUGUCGAAAACUUGUUUGUAAGUUUUCUAUUGGUACCUUUAGGUUAUUAAUUAUUUGUUCAUACUUUUUUUUUACUGUUCUAUAUAAAGAUCCUAAAAUGAUCUGGAAUUCCGUAAACGAAAAUCGCAAUUCGAUUUCUCUUGACUCUGUCACUAGCUCAUACGAACAAGAGAUCCUUAACCUGUUUUUUGAACAUUUUUCACCUGUAAUACUCUUUCAACCUGAUUGAUGUUAACUUGUUGUCCUUAAAAAUACUUUCCUUUGAUUUCAUUUACCGAACAAUUGCAUCUUCUCUUCCAAUGAGAGUCUCUGAAAACAAGAUAAAAAUUGUUAUCUACGUUCAAUAUGUGUUUCUUAUCCGUAGAUCUCAUGANUGGAAAAUUAGAACCAUCUUUUAUAUAUAAAAGUCCGAUUGUCGUUUCUGAUGACUUACAAAUCCAUAUUCUGAGCUAUAUUUCAAAAAUACUUGAAUUUUUCGUCUUAUCCGGACCUUAGUCAACCCAAUUUUAAUCAAUAAAAAUCCCGGAUUUUAUCCGGGCCUUUCUAAUACUACAUGUAACUAUUGUUAUUUAUACUACAUUCUUAAUGCUUUUGGUGAAGGUAAACUAAUGGAGGUAAUUUAUGUGGACUUUGCUGCGGUUUUGGACUCGGUUUACCGUAAGGUCUAAAUUGUUAAUUUGAAAGCAUCAGGUUUUAGUGACCUUUUUAUAUCCUGGCUCAAUUAUUUUUCAUUUAUCGCUGGGAAUGGGUAAAUUUAUAAAAAAUCAAGUCCGAAUUAAUUCCCUAUCAAUCAUCGUCCCUCAAUGGUGUCAUCUGCACUCUUUACUUUUUUCUAUGUGUGGUAAUUGUGCUUGUUCAUCUUCAAAAUAUUGUCAUUUGUUAUGCUUUACUGACGUCAUGAAAUUAUUUCUAAAGUUUUUCUGUGUCACCGAUUGUCUUAAUCUACAUAUUGACCUCAAUAAUUUUAUCUCUUUAUUUGAAUCACUUAGAUUGUACUUUAAUAAUUUUAAAAACAUAUUUAUGUUAUGCAUAUAUGAAAUAUUACUUUUUUGUUUAGUGUAUGCGAAGCCUUACAUGAAUUAUCUUUUAGAAUGUGCUGAAAAAUAUUUAGGUAAUAAAUCUAACAUUUUAAUUAAAAUAUCAAUUUUGGGUGAUUACGAGGAGUGGGAAUAAUGAAAUACAGAAGCUUUAUUACUGUACCCAAUACUUUUAAUUUAGAUUAUUGCAGUACAUCACGUAUAUAAUAUAUUUCUUUAAUGGAUUUACGUUUUCAUUUUAUAAAAAAAAAUCCGCAAAAAUAAUAACGAAAAACAUUUUUUUUUUUGUUUUUAUUAAAAUAAUAUACUCUUAUAUAAAUGAAAAUGUACAUUUAUAAAUCAAUUAAUGGUAAUAACUAUUUACUGAAAACAGAGAACCGCUACGGAUUUGACAAAUGUUUAAGCCAUUAUUGUAUGUUUCCAAAAGGAGGAAAACAAUCAAAUACGCAGCCAGAUGGUGUACAGCAGAUUGACAAAUUAUCUGGU